CAUUCACCUCAUAUACCACUAAGAUUAUUCCUAAUGAAACGUCACGCUCAGCUUUCCUUUCUCGUCAUGACACAACCCUCGACCACACUCUUAAUGUUCAUCUCGCUAUCGGAUAUAGCCAACGAUCAAUAACCUCCCUCGACACCAACGACAUGGCUUCAACCACCGCGCCGAUCCCACCUACAUCCCCUCCUCCUCUGACGACCAUCGAGCCAAUCCCCGAGCCAGCUGAGUCCUCCUCCCAUUUUCCACCCGAGCUUCCUCAACGCCCUGCACCAACUCAUCGCGGGAACUUCGUCUCUCGACUAUUCACCCGCCAACCUGCGCAUAAUCAAGACGUCGAGCUGGGUAACCCGAAUUAUGCACACGUCAUACACCAUCAAACGACUUCUCUGUUUGGUGACGUAGAGAGAGGCACUUGGUGGGAUUGGCGGUUCGAAAUAUUGGUGGUCCUACUGUCCAUAAAUGCAUUUUGGGUUUUCUAUAUCGUGUGGUCGCACAGGAGGUUGAGGAUAUGAGAUAUGAGGAAGUUUCGGGGAUCCUGGCCUGGGUAGAGCUGGGAUGGUUGUCUAGACGACAUGAUGCGUUCAGUUAGAGGAGAGGGAAGGGAAGAAUGGCGUUGAAGAGAUGUGAUAGAGAUCAAGAGAAGGGAGAUGAGGAAUCCUCGACUCAUACGCCGAAUGCCAUUAUAGUCCAUGCUG